AUGCAUAACCUCUUCCUCAGGGUGGUGCAACACCAUUUCAGAAAUUUGAUCACUAUAGACAGACAGGCAAGCAAGGCGAUCAGGAAGCCAGAUAUAAGACCUGUCAAUCCAAAGGAAUUAGACAAGGGCAAAAAAGUCAUGGAGUCGAACCGCACCGCCUCCGCCAUGACCCGCUUAAGACUGCCUGUGCUACAAGCUCUUGUCCAAGAGGCAGGGAUAACAUUGUCAAGCAAUGGUUGUGACACUAAAAAGAAGAUGAUCAAAGCGCUGUUGGCUGAACCCACCUACAGUAUCUCAAUAAACAAUGAUGAUCGGAUGGAAGUGGAUAACAAAGCAUUUGUCAUGGAGGAACUGUACAGGGCCACGGGCCUAGCUGCUGAAGCCCUGACAGACCAGGAGAUUAAUGCAAUUCAAGCAGAACUAAGUGGCAUCAUGCAACCUUCAUGGCACUGCAGACCGCCAAAGAAUCUGGGGGAUGUAGAGCACGUAACACUCUUGAAACUUUGGGGGACGAAGUAUGGUGAUGGAGAGGAAUGGAGCCAAAAUUAG